UAAAAAAAUAGAAAAAAUAGUUUAAAAAAAAUAUAUUAUCAGUCUAAUCAAACGGAGCCUUGAAGAACAAAAUAUUUAGCUAAGAACUCGACCUUAAGACAGUGACUUACAGUGACAGACUUCAGAGGUAGAAAUUUAUUUCUUCUUCGUUAAAAGUUUUGGCAACCUUAAAACGUGAAGUACGUAUUCUAGCACGUAUGCUAUUAUUUAUAACGUUAACAGCCAAAGAGAGCAUAGCAUGACUGUGUGUUCGUCUUUAAGGACGCUCACAAAGCAAACACUGAACACACUCAAACUCUUUCAUUUCACGUACCACACUAAUCUUCUGUCUCAUUCCCAUGCCAAUGCCAUUGCCUUUGACCCCUUGACUACAGAUUCCAGCUUCGUUCACCAUGCACACCACCCGUUCGACAAAAGUACUCAGAAAGACCUUUCAAACUAUAAUCACUUGCUUUUCGAGUACUCUCGCACUCAUUGCAACCAAGAGGCUCUCAACAUCUUUGUGGGUCUUCAUCAUUCGAGUUUACCUGUUGAUGGGUCGACCAUGUCGUGUGUGUUGAAGGUCUGUGGAUGCUUGUUUGAUCAAAACGUGGGCAGGCAGGUGCAUUGUCAAUGUAUAAAAUCAGGGUUUGUGGAGGAUGUUAGUGUUGGGACUGCUCUGGUUGAUAUGUACAUGAAAACUGAGAAUGUUGGAGAUGGGAGGAGAGUUUUUGAUGAGAUGGGUGAGAGAAAUGUGGUGUCUUGGACUUCAUUGCUCUCCGGUUAUGUACGGAAUGGGUUGAAUGAUUUGGCCUUAGAAUUUUUCUUUUUAAUGCAAGGAGAGGGUAUUAAGCCUAACCCUCUUACUUUUGCAACUGUUUUUGGAGCUUUGGCAGAUGAUGUUAUGGUUAAGAAGGGAAUUCAAGUCCACACAAUGGUAAUAAAGAAUGGUUUUGAGUCUACCGUGUUUGUGAGCAAUUCUUUAAUUAAUAUGUAUUCAAAGUCAGGGAUUGUUAGAGAUGCUAGAGCUGUGUUUGAUAGUAUGGAGAAGAGGAAUGAGGUUUCUUGGAACGGUAUGGUUGCAGGCUGUGUUACAAAUGGACUUGACUUGGAAGCUUUUGAAAUGUUUUAUCAAAUGCGACUUGCAGGUGUGAUGCAUACACAGAUGAUAUUUGCUACCAUGAUUAAACUAUGUGCUAACCUUAAAGAAUUAGGUUUUGCUAGACAGCUUCAUUGUCAGGUUUUGAAAAAUGGGUAUUGCUUUGAUCACAAUAUUAGAACGGCACUUAUGGUAGCUUACAGUAAGUGCAGUGUCAUGGAUGAUGCAUUUCAACUGUUUUCUAUGAUGCAUGGGGUUCAGAAUGUUGUGUCAUGGACGGCCAUGAUCAGUGGGUACUUACAGAAUGGUGGAACAAGGCAAGCAGUGAAUUUAUUUUGCCAAAUGAACAGGGAAGGUGUUAGACCCAACCAUUUCACUUAUUCUACCAUCCUUACGGCUCAACCUGCCAUUUCUACUUUCCAACUACAUGCACAAGUCAUUAAAACUAAUUAUGAGAAAUCAUCUUCAGUAGGAACUGCACUUUUAGAUGCUUAUGUUAAGAUGGGCUGCAUUGAUGAAGCUGCAAAAGUAUUUGAAUUGAUUGACGAGAAGGACAUUGUGGCAUGGUCAGCAAUGGUAGCUGGAUAUGCUCAAAGAGAAGACACAGAGGGAGCAGUUAAAAUUUAUCUCUGGUUGGCAAAAGAGGGUGUCAAACCAAAUGAGUUUACCUUUUGUAGUAUCGUUAAUGCCUGUGCUGCACCUUCUGCAGCGAUAGAGCAGGGGAAACAAUUCCAUGCUUGCUCAAUCAAAUCAGGAUUAAAUAAUGCUUUAUGUGUAAGUAGUGCUCUUGUAACCAUGUAUGCCAAGAGAGGAAAUAUUGAAAGUGCAAAUACAGUUUUCAAGAGGCAAGGUGAGAGAGACUUAGUUUCAUGGAACUCAAUGAUCUCUGGAUAUGCACAACAUGGUCAUGGGAAGAAGGCUCUUGAGAUAUUUGAGGAAAUGAGAAGGAGAAACUUGGAAAUGGAUGACAUAACAUUCAUUGGAGUGAUUUCUGCAUGUACUCAUGCAGGCUUAGUGGAUGAAGGCCAAAGAUACUUCAACAUGAUGGUCAAAGAUCACGACAUUGAUCCAACAAUGGAGCAUUAUUCUUGCAUGGUUGAUCUAUAUAGCCGAGCAGGACUGCUCGAAAAGGCCAUGGAUAUCAUAAAUGGGAUGCCAUUCCCUGCAGGUGCAACUGUGUGGCGAACUCUCUUGGCUGCUUGCCGUGUUCACCGCAAUGUAGAGUUUGGAAAACUUGCAGCAGAAAAGCUCAUUUCACUUCAGCCACAAGACUCGGCUGCAUAUGUCUUACUAUCUAAUAUUUAUGCUGCUACAGGAAAUUGGCAAGAGAGAGCUAAGGUGAGGAAGUUGAUGGAUGAGAGAAAUGUGAAAAAGGAAGCUGGGUACAGCUGGAUUGAAGUUAAGAACAAGACUUACUCAUUCUUGGCUGGUGAUCUUUCACAUCCCUCGUCAGAUCUUAUUUACUCUAAACUUGAAGAAUUAAGUAUUCGGCUGAAGGAUGCCGGAUAUCAGCCUGAUACAAAUUAUGUGCUUCACGACGUUGAAGAGGAACACAAAGAAACCAUCCUUUCUCAGCACAGUGAGAGACUGGCCAUUGCUUUUGGAUUAAUUGCUACACCUCCAGGAACUCCUAUCCAGAUUGUGAAGAACCUUAGGGUCUGUGGAGACUGUCACACUGUUAUUAAGUUAAUAUCAAUGCUUGAAGCCAGAGAAAUUGUUGUCAGAGACUCAAACCGAUUCCACCACUUUAAAGGAGGUUUGUGCACAUGUGGGGACUAUUGGUGACAAUAAAUUUGGGAAAAGGGGUCUACCUGAAAUUUUCCAAGGGUUUCUCACAUCAACAAGACAAUUCUUAAGCAAAGGAGCCACAUAACUUCUACACGCUCACAUUGCAAAGAGUAGCACAAGAAUUAAUAUCCUAAACUGUCAAGGCUUACAAAGCAAUAUAAUUGAUAUAUCCUAGAGUAGAUUCUUGUAGUGAUUGUGAAUUUGAUGCUCAUUCACAUUAAAGAAGAAGUUCAUAUAUCAAGCUUUAAAAAUGUAUGAAGGAUGACUACAUGAGUGGAUACUUUGAAACUUUUUGUGUCAUUAUGGCAGGAGGUUGAUAUCUUCACUCUUUUUGUCUGAAGGUACUUUUUUCCAUUCUGCUGCUAAGUGCUAACACAUUGGUUUGAGACAUGUGGCAAUUACCUUCAGGAUUACUUCAUGCUGAAGAUGCUACCAUAGCGUGGUUAGAGGGAAAAAAAGGAAGGUUGGUACAAUUUUACAAUUGCUGCAACUGUAGAAACAUGUGGGCAAGACAUUGAGGUGCCGGAGAUUAUGUUCUAAUCGACAGAUCGUUCAGCAGUUGCUGUAGUUGCUACUGGAGACCAUGCUGCCAAAAUAUUCAAUCCAGGUCCUGUGAUAUCUGGCUGCAAUAGAAAUUAUGCAUCUUUCGCAACAGUAAGAAUCCAAGGAGCAACAUUGGUUGCAGUACCUGGGAAAGCUGAGUUUCCGGCUGAAGCAGAUACUAGAAUUCCUCUUUGGAAUGCAUGGAAAGCUCCAAUCAAGAUUGCAUUUUCAAAAUAACUAGGCUGGGGAGGAUCAGGGCCAAUGGAAAUGGAAAGUAUAUCAACACCAUCACUAAUGGCAUCAUCCAGGGCAGAAAGAAUGUCAGCUUCACUGCACAUGUCAAACCAACAAGCCUUGUAGAUGGCAAGUCUGGCACUUGGUACACCACCCCUUGCAGUACCUCUGGCCAUACCAAAUAGGCUGACAUUAGCUACUAUGGAUCCAGCUAUUGUUGAGGCAGUGAGUUCCAUGCCCAUCACCAUCUCGAGCUGACCGGAAGAAAGGGAGGUUAAAAGAUUCAAGAGGCCCAGACUCGGCUUCAAACCCUUUCGAAUAGAACCUGGCGCCUAUAAUCUUCCUGAAAAUUCCAACCCAAAUGACAAUGUAAGCCCCAUGGUAAGUUUGCAUUCAUAUAAUAGCUGUAUGGUUGUACCAGAUAUACAAUAGAAUUGGUUGGUUUAAAUACUAAACCUUGUGGUUGUUCUAAUUCAGUGAGAAUGUGGUGUGUCAAUCAUGGAAGUGGAUUCUUUAGUGUUUAAAAUGUUUGGUACCUGUUGCAGUUGGCCAAUCUAAAAUGUUCACCAGUAACACAUUCUCCCUUGAAUUUCUUGGGUUCAGGACCCAAUCCUUUAUCAUUGAAGCUCUUUGAUUCAGGCCAAAUUCCUGAAAGAUACAUUAAUGUGAAUUCUAUGUUUGUAAUAAAAUAAAAGAAGAGUUUAAUGAGAAA